AUGCAAAGAAGAAAAGCUCAACCAAUUGUGGUGAACAAGGAAGACGGUAAUUUCCGUGAAGCUUUAAAACUUUAUGAAUCCAAACAAUAUAAGAAAUCAUUAAAAUUAACUGAUGGUAUAUUGAAAAAAAAUUCAAAUUAUUCAGAAGGUUUAGCUUUGAAAGCAUUAUUAUUACAUUGUUUAAAUGAAAAAAAUGAAUCUGAAAUUUAUGUCAAUAGAGCAAUUACCAAGAAUGAAGAUUCUCCUGUUGGGAAUCAUAUUUUAGGUAUUUUAAGAAGAGUUCAACAAGAUUAUCGUGGUGCUGCUCAUCAUUUUAAAAAAGCAUUAGAUAAUGGUUCAACAAAUAAACAAAUUUGGAGAGAUUUGAGUGUUAUGGAGGUUCAAAAUCGUGAUUAUUCUAGUUUAGCUAAAUCAAGACAUGCUUAUUUAGAAGAAUUCUUAGGUUAUAGAGCAAAUUGGACUGGUUUAGCCGUUGCACAUGAAUUAAAUAAUGAUUUUGGUCAAGCUGAAAAAGUUUUAACAAAAUUUGAAGAAUUAGCAACUGAUAAAUUAACUGAAGCAGAAAUGUAUGAACAUUCUGAAUUACAAUUAUAUAAAAAUCAUAUAAUUGCCAAACAAGAUAUUGAACGUGCAUUAAAAGAUUUAAAUAAAUUAGAUACUUUUGAUAAAUUAGAUGAAUUAGAAUUAAGAGCAACUUAUUUAAUGAAAUUAGGUAAAUCAAAAGAAGCUUCAAAAGUUUAUCGUGAAUUAUUGAAAAGAAAUCCUGAUAAUAUUAAAUAUUAUACAUUGUUGGAAGUUUCUUUAGGUACUUUAAAUAAAUCUGGUAAAUUUAGAGAUUCAUUAUAUCAAAAAUUAGCAAAAUUUUAUCCAAAAUCAGACCCACCUGCAUUUAUUCCAUUAACUUUCUUAAAAUCUCAAGAUUCAUUAUUUAAAUUAAGAGUUGAAGAAUAUUUAUUAAAAAAUUUAAAAAGAGGUGUCCCUGCAACUUUUACAAAUGUUAAACCUUUAUAUAAAGACCAAGGGAAAAUUUCAAUUAUUGAAGAAAUUGUUUUAAAAUUUUUAGAAAAAUCUUCAGAAAUUUCACCAAUUGUUUAUGUUUGGACAAAUUAUUUCCUUUCACAACAUUUCUUAUAUAAAGGUGAAUUAUCAAAAGCUAAAAAUCAUAUUGAUUUAGCUAUUAAUCAUACCCCAACUUUAGUUGAAUUAUAUAUUUUGAAAGCUCGUGUUUUAAAACAUUAUGGUGAAUUUAUUAAAGCAGCUGAAGUUAUUAAUGAAGGUAGAUUAUUAGAUUUACAAGAUCGUUUUAUUAAUUCCAAGACUGUUAAAUAUUACCUUAGAGCUGAUUUAAUUGAUAAAGCUUAUGAAACUGUUUCAAUUUUCACUAAAAAUGAUAAUUCAGUUAAUGGAGUUAAGGAUUUACAUUUAAUGCAAGCUUCAUGGUUUAUAAUUGAAAAUGGUGAAUCAUUUGCUAGAUUAUCUGAAAAAGCUGAGUCAUUAGAAGAAUCUAAAAGAUUUAAAGGACUUGCCUUGAAAAGAUUCCAAGCAAUUGUUAAAAUUUUUGAAGAAUAUUAUAAUGAUCAGUUAGAUUUCCAUACUUUUUGUUUAAGAAAAGGUACAGCAAGAUCAUAUAUAAAAACAUUAAAAUGGGAAGAUCAAAUUUUUUCAAGUCCAGUUUAUAUGCGUGCAGUAUUAGGUGCAUCAAAAAUUUAUUUUAAUAAAUUUGAUAAUGAAAAAGAUCAAGUUGUUGAAGAUGAUAGUGUUGAAGUUAAAAAAAAUGAUAAAAAGGCUAAAAAGGAUAAAAUUGCUAAACAAAAGGCAUUAGAAUCUGAAAGAGUAAAACAUAUUGCUUAUACUGAUGAUGAUGAUGUUUUCGGUGAAUUAUUGAUUGAUUCUAAAACACCAUUAGAUGAUUUCCAAAACAAAUUUUUCAAUCAUUUAUUAGAACAAGGUUCUGAUAAAAUCAUUACAAAUGAUUUACAAUAUAAUUUACAAUUUAGAUUGAAAAAAGUUGCUUUGGCGAUUGGUGCAUUGGGUAAAUUGAAAAAAUUAACAAAUGAUCAAUAUGAAUUAAUACCAGCUUAUGUAUUAAAUUUAAAAAAUAAUUGUGAAAAGGGUAUUAGUUCAAUUUUAGCUGAAAAGGGUAUUGAAAAAAAUUUUAAUAUUGAUUUUAACAAGGUUGAUGAAUUUAUUGAUAAAUAUACUCAAGGUGAUUCAAUUGAAUCCACUUGGGGUUUAGUUGAAUUGUAUAAAUUGAAAUUGGAAUCAAUUGAUAAUGAAUUGAUUUUAUCCAAAAUUGAAAAGAAAUUGACUAAAUUACAACCAUAUGAAGUUUUAUUAAUCAAAUCAGUGUUAUAA